AAGAGAAGUGCAGCGCCGCAGCGAUCCAAAUUCCAAACCAGCGGGCAUCACCGGACACCGUAUCAGUAAUCACGCAUAACUCAUUCACGGAUGACGGACCUGACUCACCGCGCACGCCUCAGCCAGUACCGCCGCCGGACGUCUUCGAUUCUCCGUCUACUCGCCGACUAGCCGGAGACGCACUCUAAGUUGCUCGCUGACUCGCCGGAGAGUGCUUGACCGGCGACGCCUGUGUUCUUCUCUCUUGGACUCCAGAAGCCGGCAGCUUCUGCUUUUCGUCUCUUCAAGGUCGCUGCUUCAAGCAAUCAAGCAGAGCCGCAGAGGUGGAUUUUGUGCACUCAGCUCACCAAGACGGCAAAACACCAACGAAGGAGGAAGUCCCUGGCUUCUCCGGCUUCAGAGGGGAUCAGUACUGUCGACUGAAUGUUUGCUGUUUGAAGAAGUUAGCCUCCAUGGAUACAGUCCUUCACGCAGCUCUCGAACAUAUAUGUUCUCUGGGAAUCGCUGGCCUUCCUCUCCCCAAGCUCUGGUCAAAGUUGCAGCCUACGCUCACAAGUGAAGCUUUAACCCUGUGCCCUAAAGUCAAACAAGCAUUAUGGACCAACCUACUCGACAUUCCGGACCUCCAAUUCGAAUGUAGCGGGAUCACGUACGGCCCGCACGAAGAUCUCAUUCGCUCUGUCAUAGAUUCUGAACAAAUGAAUCUGAAAGUCAUUGCGCCUGAGCAUCUCCGUGAUAGCUUCAUUGGGAUAUACGAUGCAGAUGCAUCCGUAACAAAAAUUACGUCUCUGCAGCGUCGCGUUUUAGAACGCCUAGCCAUUGCAAGAGCUAAUGGAAUUACACAAAGUGAGCUUGGUAAAGAAUUUAGCGUCAGUCAGAAAGACAUUUUCUACAUAUUGAAGAAACUAGAAGGCCGCGGAAUGAUCGUAAGGCAUUCCACAGUUGUGAAGACAAAAGAUUUAUCCAAUGUAGAUGAGGCGAAAAGUGCUUCGGUUGUUAACACCAACAUGGUCUAUUUGUAUCGCUAUGCAAGGCAUCUGGGUGGUCAAAAAAGGCUUGAAAUAAUCAAAGGAGACAAGUGUUUGGUCGGCAUUGAGAGUGGUGGGGGAAAUUCUGCAAGCAAUGACUGUUUUGCUGAAGAAUCAGCUAAUGAGGACGUGCACAUACGAGAUUUUAUGCCGGCACUAAAAGCUAUCUGUGAUAAGCUCUCAAAUGCUGAGGGAAAGGUAUUGGUUGUCUCAGACAUUAAGCGAGAGCUUGGUUACAAAGGAACUGCUGGGCAUAGAUUGUGGAGAAAUAUUUGCCACAAGUUGAAAGAGGCUAACAUGGUGGAGGAGAUUUGGGCUAAGGUGGAUGGUAAAGCAAAAAAGAAGGAAGUCAAUUGCUUGCACCUUUUGAAGGAGUUUUCACCAAGUCAUUUUGAGCCAAAAUCUCGUGCACGUGAAUGUAUAAAUCUUUGCAAAGAACAAACAACAAAAUUGGCAAGGAAAGGUCAAAUAACUGACCAGCUUGUAGAGCUCCCAAUUGAGCAUCAGAUUUUUGAUAUGGUUGAUGCAGAAGGGUCUAGAGGGUUGACAUUCACUGAAGUUUAUAGAAGGCUUGGAAUAAACAAGAAGCGGUACUGCGCACGACAUGGUAAUGAAACAUUUUCUAGACUUGGAAUGCAUCUAGAAGCUGAACGCCCUUAUAAAGGUAUUUCCUACCGGGCAUGGACUUCGCCUGUAGUGGGCAUGCACACUGAGGAUAUAAGCGCACCACUUUCCUGUGAUUCUUGUACAGCUACUCGUGAAAAUGAUAUUAUAGAGGUUGAACAUGAAGUUAAUAUAAUACAGGAUGGGAAGUGCAGCUCUACUUUACUCCCUUUGACUAAAUCGCAGAACUUAGAUCCCCAGACAGAAAAUACAGUUCCACAUUCCGAUUUACAGAUAGUGAGCACACAAUCAAUUCACGUUGUUCCAUCAGAGGUAUCUACACCUUCCAAAAGCGGAUCAGAUCAUAGGUAUCCUUGUCUUACAACGGUUGCUGUUAGUGCACAGAGGGAACAACGGAUACUUAAGAUGUUGCAGGAUGAGAAGUUCCUUAUAAAGCCUGAUCUACACAGACGGCUUGAUAGUCUUCAGAUCAGAGUGAUGGACAGGAAGACCUUAGAGCGGUGUCUGAACAAGCUUCAGCAAGAAGGUCAUUGCAAAUGCAUUCAUGUUAGUGUUCCUGUUGUCACAAACUGUGGCCGCACCCGUACUACAGAGGUGGUCCUGCAUCCAUCGCUGUGUACCAUAUCCCCUGAAGUACUGGGUCAAAUUCACGAGAAGCUGAGGUCCUUUGAAACACAAGUCCGUAGUCAAUCUCGAUUAAAAAAGGUUCAAACAAAUCCUAUAUUGAAUGAUGUUCAGAGAAUUCCAAAAGGCACCAAAUUAGACAGCCAAACUGAGAAAUUGGAGUUGAUGCGGGUUAAUGGAUAUGUAAUGGCUAAGAUGGUCAGAACAAAGCUUCUUCACAUCUACUUGUGGGGUUACAUCUCUAUUCCACUUGGCUUUGAUGAUUUUUUGUCAUCUUGCAAGCAUGGUUAUGACAUGAAAAAUCCACACAGUACUUGUAUGUUGAUAAACUUAGACGCAGCCAUCAAGGCAAUGCCGCUUGAAUUGUUUUCACAGAUUGUGGGCUCUACUCAGAAAUUUGAGGAUAUGAUGGAGAAAUGUAGGGAUGGUUUGUGCCUGCAUGAUCUUCUUCCGCAGGAGUACAAGUAUCUGAUGGAUUCACGAGCAACAGGGCGGUUGUCAUGGCUAAUUGACAUUUUACGACGGUUAAAGUUAAUCCGCCUUGUUAGCGGUGAAAAAGCAGAAGACAGAGCUGACAUCUCUCAGGCAACUCUUACUUAUUCAUUGGAGAUCAGACCUUACAUCGAGGAACCUGUCUCUAUCGCCGCACCAUCUUAUGACUAUUUUUCAUACGAUCUUCGCCCUCAAAUUAGACAUGAUUUUGUCCUCUCCAGCAGAAAAGCUGUUGAUGAAUACUGGAACACCUUAGAGUAUUGUUACGCUGCUAUCAAUCCUAAGGCUGCGGUUUAUGCAUUUCCUGGAUCUGCAGUUCAUGAAGUUUUUCUGUCCAGAUCAUGGGCUUCAGUCAGGGUAAUGACAUCUGACCAGCGUGCUAAGCUUCUUAAGCGUGUUUAUAACGAUUGCUCAAAAAGAAAACUCUCCUUCAAGGAGUGUGAAGAGAUUGCUAAGGACUUGAAUUUGACAAUGGAGCAGGUGCUUCGUGUUUCUUAUGAUAAAAGAAAACACUCUGUUGACAGAGUUCCGGGGCUUUCAGUGCAAGAAGAGAGUCAAGCCUUCAAGAGUACACUUGCAUCUUCAAGGAAAAGAAGAAGAUUAUCAGGAGCAGGGUCCUCAAAAUAUGGAUAUGAUGGUGAUGAUUUAGUGACUGAUUUUGACAAAGACAUGUCUAAUGAGGCACAUAAUCCUUCCCCAACACCAAUGAGUAGUGAGGGCGAUGUAGGGAAGGAUCAGCGUAAUGACUGUAUAAGAGCUGUUGAAGAGACAGAAUCAAAUGAACAGAAUGGUGAUGAUUCUUUCAUUCACAGACGUGCUUUAUCCAAGCUGAAGCCAACACGCAAGAUAAAGUUUUCUUGGACUGAAAGUGCGGAUAGGCAAUUAGUGAUUGCAUACGUCAAAUGUCGAGCAGCACUUGGAGCAAAUAUUCACCGUGUUGACUGGUCCUCCCUUAAAAAUCUUCCUGCACCGCCUGAUGCUUGCAAAAGGAGAAUGGCAUUGUUGAAUAGCAAUUCAGAAUUCAGAAAAGCUCUAAUGAAGCUCUCUAAUGUGCUCCAUGCGCGUUAUGUGAAGUACCUUCAGAUAUUUCAGGAUCUAUCAUUGAGUAACUCUGGCAGCACUUUGGUGUCUCCUGAAUCAGAGGAAUGUAACAGGAAUACUAUGGGCAGGAUGAAUCCAACCACAGGAUCUUUCUUUGAUGAGGGGUGGGAUAACUUUGAUGAUGACAAUGUAAAAGUAGCUCUUGAGGAUGCUCUACAACUUAAAAAGAAAGCUAAAUUGGAGGCUUCAAAAGAAGUUGAACUUCUUGACGAUAAGUGUGCAGAUAUGAAUAUCUGUCCUGAAGAACUAUUCCCUCGUGACCAAGAUAGUGAGAGUCUUGCAUGCAGGAGUAAAUUUUCUGGUUUGAAAUCGUGCUCCAAUCGAAUAGCUCAGAAAUUUGUUAAGCCUUUAAAGGGCCGAAUCACCAUUAGUAAACAGGCUCAUCAGUCAGUUGCAAUCGCUAAUGCUCUAGAGCUGUUUAAGCUCAUCUUCCUUAGCACUUCUAAAUCGCCAAUGGUGCCAAGUCUGCUAGCUGAAACUUUAAGGCGUUACUCUGAGCAUGACCUGUUCUCAGCCUUCAACUACCUCAGAGAGAAGAAAAUUAUGAUUGGUGGCAGUGCCAAUAGUCCUUUUGUUCUUUCUCAACACUUCUUGCAUUGCAUCUCCUUGUCUCCAUUUCCAAUCAACACCGGAAAACGAGCUGCUAAAAUUGCCGAAUUGCUAUGUGAGAGUGAGAAGGAACUAAUGGAUGAGGGGGUCUCUCCUCCUGCUGUUUUGGAGUGUGGCGAUGUUUUCCAUAUAUGUGGUAUGAUUGCUUCGGGAGAGCUUUCAAUUACACCUUGCUUGCCAGAUGAGGGUGUUGGAGAGGCUGAGGAUUCAAGGGUUUCUUCUAAAAGGAAAUCCAAUGAUAGUGAGAUUGAUGAUGGAGAGAGCUCUAAAAAAGUUAAAACUUCAUUGACCGUUGAAGGCGAGCUUAUCUCCCGUAAAGCAAAAGGAUUUCCAGGCAUCCAUUUAUGGUUAAGACGGGCAAAAUUUUCAAGGCUUGAAAUUUUGGAAUCAUUUAAAGAAGAGGUGAAGACUGCAUCCAUCCUAUCCUCCAUAGAGCAUCAGAUUGUUCCAUUUUCAAAUGUAAAUGCUCACAAUAUUGCAUCUGAGACCCCCCAUCGUUCUGCAGUUCUUUCUACCGAGUCGCCUUGGGAUGCCAUGACAAGUUAUGCAGAACAUGUUUGGUCAUGUGGUUCUGUGUUAGAAGAAAGCAAUGUGUUUCAUCCUGAUAUGUUUAGGUCUGUUUACGCCACCAUUCAGAAGGCUGGUGACCAAGGUUUGAGCAUGGGAGAGAUCUCCAUGGCAGUGAACUUGCAAGGGGAAAAGAAUGUAGAGACUCUUGUUGGGGUGCUUGAAGCCUUCGGAAGAGUUUUGAAGGUCAAUGCUUAUGAUUUAGUCCAUGUGGUUGAUUCUUUAUAUCGAUCCAAGUACUUCAUAACCUCUUCUACAGCAGCCAUGUCUGGCAACCUGAUUGAUGCAAUUGAUGAGAAGUCGUUAACACACAAUAAUGGCGAUUACGGAAAUGGUGGUGUUCACUUGCAGAAGGAAAUUAGUGCAAGUUCUAGUGAGGUGCACAGAGUCACUAUUCUUAAUCUUCAUGAAGAGGUGGCUGAACCUCUGAAUGGAACCAAAACUGGUUAUCACACUGCAGGAGUCUUGAAUUUGGAAGUUACAACUCCAACCAAAAAUAAUGUUCAUACCAUAUCCGAAGGCCAUUCUGUUGCUUCUCAAACAUGCAGGCCAAUAUUGCCUUGGGUAAAUGGUGAUGGAACUGUCAAUGAACUUGUCUACAAGGGACUAGUACGCCGCGUUCUGGGUGUUGUGAUGCAAAAUCCUGGGAUACUUGAGGAUGAUAUUAUAAGCCACAUGCAUGUUUUGAAUCCUCAGAGCUGCAGAAGUCUGCUGAAGAUGAUGAUUCUUGACAACCACAUCAAGGUGCGCAAGAUGCAUCAGAAAACAUCAGCACCCCCAGCCAUUCUUCAGGGCCUCCUCGGCAGCUAUUUCGAGAAGUCGAAGCUAAUUUUGCGUGACCAUUUCUUUGCUAACCCUACUAGCACCACUCUCUUGUGAAUGUGUACAAGAUUCCAAUGUAGCCUGCCUUAUGGGAAUCCCUUGUAUAGUUGUAUGUCCUGCAAGGAAAUGUGUUUAUAUGUAUCAUGUAUGUAGUCUUUUUCUAUAUAUCUCUCUUUAAAAAACUGGACAUGAAAUUAACUUGGUCCAGUAAUCUAAUUACACGUCAUUCUUGAUACAGCAGCAGGUCAGCAGUGUACCGUGUAUGUGU